ACCACAAACCUUUCAGACAAGACAAAAUGGCGGACGAAGUUUACGACGGUGCCAUCGGCAUUGAUCUGGGUACCACCUACUCCUGCGUUGCUACCUACGAGGGUACCAAUGUCGAGAUCAUCGCCAACGAGCAGGGUUCUUUCACCACCCCUUCUUUCGUUUCCUUCACCGAGAAGGAGCGUCUGAUCGGUGAGGCCGCCAAGAACAAUGCUGCCAUGAACCCCCGCAACACUGUCUUCGAUGCCAAGCGUCUGAUUGGUCGUCGUUUCGACGACCCUACCGUCAAGAAGGACAUCGAGUCUUGGCCCUUCAAGAUUGUCGAUGACAACGGCAGCCCCAAGAUCGAGGUCGAGUACCUCGGUGAGAACAAGCAGUUCUCUGCCCAGGAGAUCUCCUCCAUGGUUCUUACCAAGAUGAAGGAGAUUGCCGAGACCAAGCUCGGCAAGAAGGUUGAGAAGGCCGUCAUCACCGUUCCUGCCUACUUCAACGACAACCAGCGUCAGGCCACCAAGGACGCCGGUUCCAUUGCCGGCCUCAACGUCCUCCGUAUCAUCAACGAACCUACCGCCGCCGCCAUCGCCUACGGUCUUGGUGCCGGUAAGUCUGAGAAGGAGCGUAACGUUCUCAUCUACGAUCUCGGUGGUGGUACUUUCGAUAAGGACCUCUCUGGCGAUGCCCGUGCCCUCCGACGUCUCCGAACUGCUUGUGAGCGUGCCAAGCGUACUCUCUCCAGCGGUGCCCAGGCCACCAUUGAGAUUGACUCUCUCUUCGACGGUGAGGACUUCACCAUGUCCAUCACCCGUGCCCGUUUCGAGGACUUGAACGCCAAGGCUUUCUCUGGCACCAUCGAGCCCGUUGCUCAGGUCCUCAAGGACGCUGCUAUCGAGAAGAAGGCCGUUGACGAGAUCGUCCUUGUCGGUGGUUCCACCCGUAUCCCCAAGAUCCAGAAGCUUCUGUCCGAGUUCUUCGACGGCAAGAAGCUCGAGAAGAGCAUCAACCCCGAUGAGGCUGUUGCCUACGGUGCCGCCGUCCAGGCCGGUAUCCUCUCCGGAAAGGCCACCUCUGCUGAGACCGCCGACCUCCUCCUCCUCGAUGUCGUUCCUCUGUCUCUCGGUGUCGCCAUGGAGGGCAACAUCUUCGCCUCCGUCGUUCCCCGUGGUACCACCUGCCCCACCCUCAAGAAGCGAACCUUCACCACUGUUGCCGACAACCAGCAGACCGUUCAGUUCCCCGUCUACCAGGGUGAGCGAACCAACUGUGAGGACAACACCAGCUUGGGUGAAUUCACUCUUGCUCCUAUCCCCCCCAUGCGCGCCGGUGAGGCCGUCCUCGAGUGUGUCUUCGAGGUCGACGUCAACGGUAUCCUCAAGGUCACCGCUACUGAGAAGACCUCUGGUCGCAGUGCCAACAUCACCAUCUCCAACUCCGUCGGAAAGCUCACCACCGACGAGAUCGAGAAGAUGGUCAACGAGGCUGAGCAGUUCAAGAGCAACGAUGAUGCUUUCCAGAAGAAGUUUGAGGCUAAGCAGCAGCUCGAGUCCUACAUUGGCCGUGUUGAGGAGAUCGUCUCCGACCCCACUCUUUCCCUUAAGCUUAAGCGUAACCAGAAGGAGAAGAUCGAGAGCACCAUCUCCGACGCCAUGGCUACUCUUGAGAUCUCUGAGAGCACUGCUGAGGACCUCAAGAAGCAGGAGCUUGCCCUCAAGCGUCUUGUCACCAAGGCCAUGUCCUCCCGAUAAAUGCAUUACACUGUCUGAGAUUGCAGUGGUGUAGAUAUCCCGGAGUACUGAUAUUGGAGCUUUAAGAACCAAGCACCCUAGACGCCUCGCGAGGGGCGAUGGGGUUUACGACCGGCCUGGGUGGAAUUUCCUUUUGUCAUUAACGGUAAUUGGACAAGGGAGAUGACCAAGGCAUAUGAAAAGUUCUGCAUGUUUCAUGGGUAUGCCGCUCCAGGACGUGGGCGGCUAUGACUACUAAAAUGAGAGCCGAUGGAAAACAAAAAAGGGUCCAAGAUGAUUGUUAACUCGUUGGCCAGAGUUUACAAGGGGUGGACAACGGCCUGUGAAUUUAAGCAUAGAUAUGGUAGAUUGCAGAAAAGGAAUGAUGCUAUUUUACCUACUCA